AAUAAUUUGCAGUAAAAUUGUGAUCAGCAAGAUGUAGCCCCAUUUAUACUUACAAACCGGUAUAUGUUUAGUUACUAGUAAGUAAUGGAAACAGUUUUCCUCAUUGAAAAAUAGACGCUUAGGGCGUUACGACUUUCCAAGAUUUUGUUUUUGCUUUCUAUCAAGUGAAGUUGUGUUUAAAAAUAAUGACAAUGAAAAUACAAGAAAUUGUUUCGGUUCUUUUAUUGAUAUGUAUGCAGCCUGGUCAUAUCAAAUCUCAAUCAGACGAUUGUUCUUUCGGGAGAAGUAUCAAGUUUCCAUUAGAAGUGUACCAAGAACAUUACCACUACAAUUACCCCAAACCAGCUGUAGUCAAAGACUUGCCGUCCCUACCUAUAUUAAACCAAGGUCAAUGUGGCGUGUCUAAGAACGACCAAUCACAACAGAUUGUAGGUGGCGAAGACGCACCAGCUAAUGCUUGGCCUUGGCAAGUAUUUAUGAGCAUUUCAGGAUCAAUGUGUGGUGGGGUUAUUAUUAACAGUGAAUGGAUCUUGACGGCUGGACACUGCGCGGACAGUAGCGUAGCUCAAGUAUAUUAUGGAAACAACAACUAUCGAAAAGCCAAUACAAUUUCCACCAAAACUAAGUUUAUAAAGGUUGAUAAUGAUAUGGCGCUUUAUAAGCUGUCAUCCCCGUUAAAUUUUACAGACUCAGUGCAGCCUAUCUGUUUGCCCGAGGGUAAUAUUUGGGACGCCUCGCCUUGUUUUGCCACAGCAUGGGGAGCAACCUCGUUUUUGUCACAAACGGAAUCCGACCUUCUUAAACAGCUUCGCGUCAGGAUAUUGGAUCAAACUCUGUGUAUCGCUUACCACUCAUUUUUUGGAAUAAUCGAUUCAAACAGCAAUUUCUUCUGCUUUACUUCAGCUGGACACUCUGGCGUAUACUAUGGAGACUCUGGUUCAGCUCUGAGCUGCUUCAAGAAUGGACGUUACUACUUGGUGGGAGUACUCACCCAUUUUCUUCCAUUGGAUGGAUACUUUAUUGGCAACGCAGGGUCUGUCCCUAAUAAUGUUCAGUGGAUAACUGACACGAUACGUAGAAAUUCUUAGGGAAGUCAAACACAGCUUCUUAAUUCACGGAGCUAAGACAUCAAGUAUAAGCAUUUUUCAAUUGUUAAAUUAAGCAUUAUACAAUGACGUUUUGAGCCAUUAUGAAAAGAAAAAAAAACCUAUCAUAGUUUUUUUAAAACACAACAUCUAUACCAGUGUUUAGAAAUCCUUAAAAUGUAUUUUUUAUGUUAAUAAAGUAUUGAAUUUUUGAAAAAUUAAAAAAAAUAAUAUGAAAAACUGAUUAGGUAUAAAAAUUAAACAAAAAAUGGCGGCUCUUAGUGGAAAAUGUGGACAGUAAACGUGGUUUAGCUAUUGUUACCAUGAAUUGGGAACAGCAAAUCUCAUUUACUGUCUUCUUCUCCUUUCACACUAAUACCAAUUCAGUCUUAGAAAAAGAUGAAUACAAACUGAAUAGGUUUGAAGAUUCUAUUGAAUAUUAAAUUCAAUAAAACAAAUAUUAAAAUGCCGAAUUGAAACAUACAAACUUUAGAUUAAAUUUAUUUUACGUAUUUUAUAAAUAUAUUCCUACUAAUACAACCUACACAUUUAUAUCUAAAAUGUUAACAUUAAAUUCAAACUAAACAUAUUUGGAUUUGGAC